CGGUUUGAAAACCUCCGAAAUGGGCCAUGGAAAAUACUCCGAGUAACCCGACUUGAACUCGGCUUAGCAUUGCUAAUUUGCCAUUUUCAGUCAGCGAUCGCAGGCAUCCGGCAAAACCCUCCAUUUGUAUGUUUCAAAAUGGGCUUUGGAGCUCUGAGAAGUGUAAUUCGUCCGCUCUCAAGAACCGUAAUAUACCGUACCUCCACUCCCCCUACGGCAUCGCUUUUUUCACCAUCUCUGUCUCCAAAAUUAGACUUUUGCCUCGCCCUCCGUCGACCUCCAUUGCUCCAGAUUUCGAGUCAUUUCAGCAUCUUCUCUGAGUCGAACCAUUUCGAUAGAUUAACCGAAUCCCGCUUUCCAAAGCGAAGGCCUCAGGAUAAGCCUCGUCGAAAAAGGGCCAGCUUGAGACCUCCUGGGCCGUAUGCUUGGGUUAAGCAUGUACCAGGUCAACCUAUUCAACCCAGUAAUCCGAAUGAAGGAAGUGUCAAGAGAAGGAACGAGAAGAAGCGCAUAAAGCAACACCGUGCCUUUAUAAAGGCGGAGGCUAAAAAGCGGAAAGCUCAGUUACAGGAGGCUAAAAGGAAGAAAAUGAUAAAGAGAGUAGAGCGUAAGAUGGCUGCAGUGGCAAGGGAGAGAGCAUGGGCCCAAAGGCUGGCAGAGCUGCAGCAGCUCGAGGAAGAGAAGAAAAAAUCAACAGCUUAGUUAUUUUUUUUGCUAUUUCUCAUCUGCAUAUGCUUUUGCCUCUUUUCCCAUUUUUAGUUGAAUGCUAAACAUAGCUUUUAUAAGUUUCUGGUGUUUCGCGACUGUUUGAUUGGGUUAACCACUGCUGAUCUAAAUUGCAUUUGGUCUUAAAGGAAUUUCAUUUUGCUUCUUUAUGCCAAAAGUGUUGCACUGUAUGGAGGAGUGCAGCUUAGGAAAAGACAUUCUUCGUGGAUGGGGGGUUAGUUUUAAAUGGUUCCCUUCCCCAUUCACCUCGCCUUCAUUCGGUUUCUGUAGACGAGUUAUAUUGCUGUAUUUUCUUGGCCAGCUAGUUUAUUAUUAUUAUUAUUUUGGAUAAGACGAAUUUGUGUUAUUCGGCUCAGAACAUGCAAGGAAAAAUAAAUGAAUCCUUCAAAUAAUUUUAUGGGAUGUUGUCUUGAUCUGA